AUGAGUGAGAACCAAAGACCGCUUCCCUGGCCGUCCCCUAUGGCUUGCAAGUUCCUUCUUCACGACGCCUCGGGAGGUGCAAAAUUACAUCCAACAACUUCUUCCGAACCUGCCGACCCAAGCUGGCCACCCGCCCCUUUUAGGGAGGUUUACUUCUUCUUCUAUGGAACACUGAUGGAUCCACCCACUCUUGCUAGAGUCCUACAACUGUCCGAGCCUCCACAUAUGCGGCCGGCUAGGGUUAUAGGCUACCAAAUCAAGCUUUGGGGGCAAUACCCUGCCCUUGUCGAUGACGCCUUUCAUCCAGUUGAUGGCUUGGCUUGCAAAAUCCUUUCGCGGGAAAGUUGGGAUCGGCUUGUUGCCUAUGGGUCGGAUAAAUAUAAGCUGGGGCCUAUCUACAUUGAUUUUCUGGAUACCGGGGAAGAGGAAGUUGAAGGUGUUGCUUUUGAGUGGAAUGCAAACCCCAAAGAGUUGCAGGAUGGCAGCUUCAGCCUCGAAAACUGGUUACAGGAGCAGAAUGUGAACAGAUCAUAG